AUGGGCGACGCGGAAAUUUCACCUGCGCAGAUAGAGACUCUCCGAGUUCAAUAUUGUCCUCCGCUAGACGAUGCCCUUUUCUACGCGAUCGCGUCCGAGUACCAGCUGCCCCAGGACAGAGCCGCCUUGACGGCGGUCCUUGAUAGCCUGAAGGCCGGUGCCAUAGAACAGGAGGAUGCAGAAUUUGAUCCUUCAGGUACAGGAGCUCCUGCGCACCUCAGAGAAGCAACCGACACGUCUAGGUCGUGCCCCGAAGAUACCUUCUCAAACGACGUCACGAGCAUCACCACCGGUGUCUCCGACUUGCGGUGGAACGACUCGGACGGCCUGGGACAGGAUCUGGACAACAACUCCUCGACCGAGAAGAAAACUGCUUGGCUGCAGCACGUUUUCCCCGGCAUACCCAAGCGUGAGCUGGGCAGUGUUCUGGAAAGCCAUGCAGGAUCACUCGACAAAGCCGUCGACGAGCUUCUCAACCUCUCCUUCCUUAACCAAGAGCUGGAAGAAGAACAAGAAGAUGUGCCUAUUUUGAAAGGUGUAGAUGGGUUCGCAGAAGAUGCCCUCGCCCAGAGAAAAGGGAGGAAGAAACGCAAACAUCGGACAAAUGAGUCUUCGCGCGCGAGCUCAGCUUCCUCCUCGCCUUACGAAUCAGAGUCAACUCCGACUAACAUCUGGGCUACGAUGUCUGAAGAUGUCGACUUCAUUUGUUCUAGGACUAAGCUCCAACCCCAAGUAGUGCGGUCGAUAUACCAUUCCAACGGUGCGCGACUGGCAUCUACCAUUCGUGCUCUAGCAAUACGAGAAGGGACGUCAUACAGUAAGUUGGUAGAAGUCGAUCCUCUUCUCGAUCUUCAGAUUGCCGAAUUCCAGAGCCAAUUUGAACAUGUACCGAAGCCGCAAAUGUACGGUCUACUGAGGUUAGCCCGAAACAUACCGUCUGCAGCGCAGGAGCUGUUGGAAGCCAUGUCAGUAUCCGAGAACGCACCAACGUCGGGGCGGUUGCACGAUGCGGCUCAGUACGCCCCUCUGGACCUCAGGGAAGGUGAAGCCCCUGAGACCCCUGCGAUUGCAACGCCAGGCAUAACGAGAGGCCCUUAUCGAGCUUCGGCGGCUAGCAUUCGGAUGGCUGCAGGCCAAAGUUUUGAUCAAGCCGCUGCUGCCUACAGACGAAGCAAAUCCGAUCGUCUUUAUGGAGGAGUCGCAGCACAUUACUCUGAGAUUGGACGAGAACGCGUCAGAGCUGCGAAGGAAGCUAAAGCUGCGGAGGCAGACAUGCUCGUGGCUAAACAGUCCUCGUCAAACGUUCUCGAUCUCCACGGUGUGACUGUCCAGGAUGCAGUCCGAAUUGCCAGUGCGAAAACACAGAGCUGGUGGGAUAGCUUGGGCGAUGCCAAAUAUGCUCCUGGCGGUAGCGGACCUGCCAGAGCCGGAUUCAAGAUAGUGACUGGCUUGGGAACUCAUAGCAAGAAUCGGGCUCCGCGGAUAGGGCCAGCGGUGAGUAAGAUACUUAUGAGGGAAGGAUGGAAAGUCGAGAUAGGCCACGGUGAGUUGACAGUGACGGGUAAGAGCCGUCGAUGA